UAUAUUAGUUCCUGUAUUUUACCCAUACCAAGAGAUCUACGAUCCUGUCACAAACCAAACCAAACUACACAAAGAUAUGCCAAUUUACUCCUGGAUCCCAUUUGACCAGGAUGAAAACUAUUACAUGGCGCUCUCAUGGGUAGAUCUUGGUGCAACUUGUUGUGCAAUCUACAAUUAUGGAACCGACAUCUUCUUUUUCAGCUUUUUUAAUUAUAUUCUGGGACAACUGGACAUUCUUAAUUAUAUUAUUUUAAAUUUUGACAAAUAUAAGGAGAACAUUAAGGAACAGCUUGAAUGUGACGACGAAAAAUCUAAUUUUGUAACCAUGCAGCUUUGCAUAAAAGAACAUCAAAGGGUAAUGAGUUUUGUUAAUAAUUACAAUAUUGCUAUGCGGAGUGUGAUGUUGCGAGACUUUCUGCAGAGUUCUUUACAGAUAGCAUUGGUAUGUAUUUUCGCAUUGUUGGAAGUCAAAAUUCCAGCCCUGACAGCUGGAGGGGUAUAUGGAUUUAUUCUUCUGUGCAGAUUAGGAAUCUACUACUGGUUUGCUAACGAAGUAAUGACGCGGAGCCUUGACUUAGUAACUGCACUAUACACAGUACGAUGGUACGAAAAAUCACCAAGAACAAAGGCACUAAUGAAUAUUUUCAUGCUUAAAUGUAAUCAAAUAACAGGGCUGCAGAUAGGAACAUUAACAGUGAUGUCUUAUGACAUUUUUAUUGGAGGAAAGAAACCCAUGAAACGCCGAAGUGUUGUGUGUGUCGAUGGUACAGAGAUGGCGCUGCCGGACAAAUUCUGCGACAAAAGAAACAAGCCAUUUGAAUACAAGCCCUGUACAUAUAUACCAGUUUGUGAAGAUAUCUAACUUAUGUUUUUUUUAUUAAUAAAGUACUUAAUACGUU